AUGCGGCUUGAUUUUAGGAUUUUACUUGUGAUUUUUAUUUUCUCGCUUUUUAUUAUUUAUAUUUUAUCGUUUUAUAGUAUAAUUUCGUUUUUAAUUGCCACUUUUAUUUGUAUCUUUAUCCUCAUCAUCGGCAGGCGCUCAAACCGAGAACGUUGUGCAACGAAGCUGAAGUCACCGGCAAAUUUAGAAGUUGCAUCGUCGUCUAUAAAAAAGAAAAAGAAAACUUUGUCACCAUCUCCACUUUCAAGGAGCAAAUAUAAUCAACAUUCAAAGGAUAUUUCUAUCGAUGAAAAUAUGCAUACUAAUGGAGUUUCGAAUUCCUCUUUCAUCGAUAAAAAGUUUGACAGGUCGUUUGAAUGGCGGUCACCUGUCGGUUCUCCCGGUAUACGUUCUCGUGGUGUAGCAUCGCCCGUUGUUGGAACAGGAUUAAGAACUCGAAAUGCAAGUCAGCUCAUUUCCAGAAGACAUUCCUUUUCUGUGAAAUCCGCAGACACUACAACAAGUCCUGCUAAACAUUAUAGUAAUAACAAUUCAAGAAUACCAUUUUUACCAACUGUCAAAAGAGCACUGGGACUUGAAACAAUAGUCAGCCCCAGAUACAUUGGUAAAGAUGAUAAUAGCAGUUAUACAAGUCACCCUGAGACUGCCUCUCCAGGGUUUGUCCCUGCUGUUCGACUUUCCAACCAUGACCGCCAUCCACUCUCCAAAGUACGGUCCUCUGUUGUGCGAAGUCCAAAUACUAUAAAGAUAGCUCCCCCAGAUCCUCACAAGCUUGGCAGUCCAAGGGUGCUAGAAGUUAGAAGGAAAGAUCCAGUGACAGAUGAGAACAGGAAGACGCCAGACAUGCAAUCUGUUCUUACUGCUCUCAAAGAAAAAAGAAGAAAGAGAACAGCUGGCCCUGCAGAGGAGGAUACCCAUUGUCCUGAAGUACAGAUCCAGAAAUCCAAGAGAAGACGACAGGAAAGUCAACAGUCGAAUGCUUCCACCUCAUCAUUACCACCCCUACCUGCCUCCCUUCCAGACCUUUCUGUUUCUGAUUACAAUAUACCUCGUCUGGAAACACCUUCCUUGAAAAGGGCAGCUGCCCCAGAGGUUUCAGAAUGGGAGGGAAGAGGAAAUAAUGCCAAGCGUCUUCGUCAGGAGGGGCGAUACAACUCCAUCUCUAGCUCACUCAGUUCCAGUCGUUACCUUGAGAGACACAAUCGCAGUUACAGCCCCAGACCAGACUGGUCCCAGGAAUCUACAGCUGAAUUGAAACGAGCUAUCCAAAGGGAAAUCAACAAAAUUACCCAGGAAAUGCCGAGUGAUUUAGUCACUAGUCUACGACUGCACUGUGAGGGAGCACAAGACAAAAAUGGCAAAGAAAAUGCGGAUAUUCCAGUCAGCAGCUCGACUCAGGAUCCAGAUUCCUCAUUGUCUGCUCUUCAGAGAGCCGAAACAGUGAUGUUGACACCAACUUUGGAGAAAGAGGACCACUCACUAGAUGCUUCUGCAUCAGAUACUUCUUUACUGGACCAAUCAAAGAACAAAUCGAUGAACACAAGACAAAAAGUGACCUUGAACAAGAGUUUCUCUGUUCGUAAACGUCAGAUGUCUCUCUAUACAGGCCUCAACAAGUCCUUUUCAAAAGUACCCAAGUCUAACGUUGUAGCCUGUAUGGAGGAUUAUGAAGCGGACCGUGAGGCAGAGCAGCGACGAGUUGAACAAAUGCUGGAGGACAUAGUAUCCAGUGAAGAGACCAAUAAAAACACUACAAAAGGUUAUUUUCUAGGAGUGACCAAUUCAGCCACAUCUACAUCCACCAUCACACCUAAAGCUGCUUCUUCUAUAGCCACAGCUGCAGCUUCUUCUGGCGUGGUUCCUAACUUGUCGGUGAACUCCCUUUUUGUCUCCAAAUCUAUUACCACAUCAACAACAGCAGCAACGACAGUCAAGAUUUCCCCUACACAGCAGGUUGGACAGGUAACAACUACUGCACAUGUUCCAACAUUGGCGUCUAGCUCUCUAGCCUCUCCAUUUGUAACACCAGCCACAAGUCUAGUCAUACAGAGCAGCAAUACUUCUGUGGUAACCACUCCAAGUAGCUCCAUGUUUACUGGACUGGCUAACAGCACUACAGCUUCCAUGUCUGCUACUACUACGGUGGCUUCAGUCUCAAGCGGCUUCCCUAUGGGAAGUGUGACAACAAAAACUACUAUGAGUUCACUUAAUGACUCAAAAUCUAAUUCAUCUAAUGUCACUAAACUAGCGAAUGCUGAGGCAGGGACAGUAGGUGCAGCUCUUUCUAGUGUCAUCUCUGCAGUAUAUGCUUCAAAAAGUCCAGGUAUGUUCAACUUUGGCCAAGCAAACACAAGUAAAGACACAACUGCACCUCCUGGUGGUGUUACAAAUGUGUUGGCUGCUACUGUACAGCCAAGUCUAGGGGUUAACCAAUCAGUGGCUGGAACAUCUAAAUUUGGAGAUGUUAACAAUGCUGUAGCCACAGCUGUAGCACCCACAGCUACUGCCACAGAAAAAAAUACUCCAGCAUUCAGCAUGCCGAGUGUCAACACAGGAUUCCCAUUUGGAUCUGCUACCAGUGUUAACCAACCCAGUGGUGCUGCCCCUACUCCUCUGUUCGGCAACACGACUCAAUCUAUCAGCAGCUCAGACUCAACUUCUGGUGCCAGCAAUUUUCCUAAAGCGCCAACAGCUGCAACUACAUUUGGAAGUGGAGCUCAAACAAAUCAGCCAAAGUUCACCCCAGUUUUUGGAGCCCCAAACCCAACCACUCAGGCAAACAUGUUUGGGGCCUCAACAGUAAACCCACCUGCAUUUGGAAGCGCAACAACCACUUUUGCUACACCACAGAAUACACCAGCUUUUGGAAAUCCCACACCACAGGCUAAAACGGCACCUGGUGGCUUCAAUUUUGUUGGUGGAGCUGGUCAAACUGCAAAAGCCCCCAUUUUUGGUGGUGCUACGAACUCUACAGUAAACACCACUGCUUUUACUACAACGGCCUCUACAGCAGCAACUUCAGCUUUUAACUUUGGUACUUCAGUGCAGACAACCACAGCUGCGUCAGCCUUCAAUUUUGGGAGUAAUUCAACCAUACAAUCUACAAAAUCAUCCGAUUUUAAUUUUGCUUCUUCAAAACCAACAGCUGCAGUAUCUUCAACUUUUAAUUUUGGUGGACAAUCAAAUGCAAAGCCGCAAACAACAUCAGCUUUCAGUUUUGGAGGGCAAUCCAAUCAGCAGCCGCAAACAACGUCAGCUUUUAAUUUUGGAGGACAAUCAAAUCCACAACCACAAACAACAUCAGCUUUUAAUUUUGGAGGACAAUCGAAUCCGCCACAGCAAACAUCAACUUUCAAUUUCGGAGGGCAAUCAAAUCCCCAACCGCAAACAACAUCAACAUUCAAUUUCAGAGGGCAAUCAAAUCCAACAACUUCUGCAUCAACAUUCAGUUUUGGAGCUACUGCUUCAACAGCAUCUUCUCUCAGUUUUGGAAACAAUGCAGCAAACAAAGGAGGGGCAGCUCCGGCCUUUGGCAUGGCACAGCCUCAAGUAAGUACAACAUCAGUGUUUGGAGGUUCAAAGACCCAGCCAGGAAACGCAUUCCAGACUGGUAUGACAAAGUCGGGUUCAGCACCAGCUUUUGGUGACACUGGUCCAAGUUUUGGUGGUGGCCCUAAGCCUUCAAAUCCUUUUGGAACAUCAUCUACAGGGUUCAGUGGUGGUGCUACUUCAGCUGCUCCCCAGGCUGCUAGUGGUGUCACUUCUGUGUUUGGAUUUGGAGCUACAACUCAACAGUCUAGCAAUAACUCAAGUGGAUUUAACUUCAGUGCUGCUGGGGCAGGAGGCGGCUCUUCUACAUUCAAUUUUGGAGGAUCUGGAACCCCUGGCUUUGGAGCAGGUUCACCAGCCCCUGGAUUUGGUCAGGCACCUGGUACACCAGCUGGUCAAGGCAUGUUUAAUGUAGGAGCCAGUAAUUCUGCAACAAAGCCUCGUGCCAUGACCAAAGCCAAACGAAGAGGAGCUAGGAGAUAAGAGGGAAUUACUAUUUAAAAGUGAAAAUGGCACUUAUGGACCUAGUUUGUCUUGACCUACUUAAGAUUGUCAAGAUGUUGCUAACAGAUCAUUUGAUUACAGGAUAAUAAAAAUUCUUCUCUAAGGAAUAAACAAGAAGCAAUUUUUUUGGCUUGAAUUGCACUCCCCUGAUCAUUGUGUUGUACAGAAACUUUGAAGACAAGGGAACAGUCCUAUUGAUAUGUGUGGGAAAUUCAGCUGAAUUCACAGUGUUUCAGAUUGAAAAUACUGAUUCUAACCGAAUUUGUAAUACUGAAAUUGUGAUUGUCCUGAUGUUGUCAUCUAAACAAUUGAAUCUCCUGGCGAUGUCCAGAAUAGAUUCUCCUGGAAGUGUGUGUUUGAUCUUUCCAGUCAUCUACGUGUAUAACAUUGGUCUGUACAUUGAAGCAGCCAUUAGCAACUUUCUGAUACUGUCAUAAUCAUCUUGUUAUGAUUCAGUUACAUGGAGAGGUAAAUAUUGUUACUGGUGUCCUUUGUGUUGUCCCAUCCCAACUCAGUAAUCUCACUCUACCUGAUAAAAUCCUAUUUCAGGGGUCAGUGUCAGUGUCACCAUUAAUUAAUAAUCAUAGAAAAUUAUCAACAAUGAUUUCAUUUGGACUCCAUUUUUUACGGAAUUCAAGGAAGUCUUAAGAACAAGGUCGUCAUAACUGAAAAUCAACCAAUUCAGUGACAUUACUUGAACCACUUGUUUGAUUUAAGGAAUUUUGAUCAAACUAUAUUAUGAUGAUAGUUCCAAGGUCAAGGUUAUCAUUAAUUAAUGAAAGAUCUUUUUACCUAAGGACAUGCACGUGUUAAAUACAUCUUCACAUUAAUCUUUUAAUUUUCUGAUUCAAGCCUUUCUGAUUUAUUAUGUACUUCAUGGAUAUUUUUACAUGGUUUUGUGUU